AAACAAUAUGGCGUUCAAAUGGGGAAUGCACGUUCCUGUCAACAUUUCAGCUGCUGUUCGAGAUGAUAAGAAGUCUGGCAGGCCAUCCAAUGUACAACAGCUAAACGAAAUAUCAUUAGCUCUACAAGGACAACAAACUGUACAAGACAUUGUAAACAGGGCUACGAAUUUAUUCCGCCUAAUGGAAGAGGCGAAAAUGGUAGUUGAUCAUAACAAAAACAAGAGAAUUCAAGAAACGCUGAGUGCGAUAAAGGAGCUAUUUGCUCGACUCAGGGUUAUCUAUGAUGAAAGUAACAGACGCGUGGUUACUCCUCAAGGAGAAAAUUUGGAGGUAAGAAUUUUAGCUACACGCACCCCACCCCGACUACUAUAGAUGAGUGUCCACGGCAGAUAACUUGUAGCAAUCUGCCUUCAAAAAGGGGGAGGGGGUGGGGGGCAAGAUUGGCUCUCGUCACGAGUUCACGACACAAUUUUCCUUUUCACGAGUCACGAAAAAUCUAUGUUUUUAUGCUACCUAAAACUAGAGGUCGUACAAAAUGUCAAAAACGUUAUGUUAGUCCCAUUUUGUAAAACAGAGUGCUUCGAUUAAGUUAAUUAGAGUUUUACGAACCUUAUGAAAAAAAACGUCACUCGCACAGCUCGCCCACUAUGCGUCGAUAGUCCCGUCAUAAAUGUAAGAGUGUCAUUGUUAUCAUCUUCCAUAGGAUGUUCAUGUUCACUAUCUGUAUCGUUGAUCUUGGCCACGUGUUUGGUUGAUCUCUGGGGGGCAAUAAAUUCCCUAGGGAGGCCAGCUGUAGGUGGUUCUGAGAGCACUGAAAGGGGUAAAGAAUGUUUCCUAAAAAAAUUUGGGUCUCAGAAAAUUUUGGCCUGGUCUCAAAAUCUUGGAAGCGUUUGUAAUAGGUCGUAAAGUCUCGUUUUCUGUGAUUUUGUGUCUUGGGGUCUCUAAUCUUUUUAAGCCUUGGUCUAAAAUUUUGAAACCUGGGUCUCAUGGUCUCAAAAAGUCUCAAAUUUACCAUUCUAUACCCCUACUGAAGUGUGAAGACUCAAAAGUGAAGUUAAAUCAAGCCACCAGAUGUUAGCUAAGGUCAUUUGGCCAUUUAAUGAUAUAUUUUGAUCUUCACUGUAUGUGUACACAAUCAAGAAUUCUGGCAGUUCAUGUUUCACAGAGUGCACUUUGAUCAAUAUUCACAGAACAUUUUUUCAGUACGUCACGACUCAUGGCAUCGUGAAAAUAAGCUUGCCCCCACCCCUUUCAAGGGAUUUAUUAAAAAAUUAGGAUGGUGUGAUGUUUUUUCAGAGGGUUGCAAAAAAAAUUGAGGUGGUAGGAAUCUACUCAUCCAUAGUGUUGGGGUUCAGAAUAAAAAUGAAACAUCCCAUUACCCGACCCAUACUUUUCUGAAUUACCAAAAGUCUCAAGCCAAAAAGCCCAGUGUCACUUCGCACAUUCUCCAUACUGUUUUCUAUACAUUUCAUUAGGUACCAACGAGGAAACAUUGUUUAAACAUUGACACGGUAUCUCUUGCUGAAAAACCGUUUGCUAUAUCCUCGUGAUCUUGAAAGGCAUCACCAAAACCCAGAUUGAAUCAACCCCUGUAAGUCAUUAAAUGACAAAAUGUUAUCAGGGUACAGGGGUUGACCUGAUCUAAGUUUUAUUGAUGCCCUCCCUGCAGUGGCCAUCUUCCAUGUUGAGGUCACCUACCAGAGUGAUAGAGAAAAAACUUGUCAGUUACCUACUGAAAAUAAUGCCUCUUUUAAGCACAGUUCCUGUAUUAGUCAUAUUAAGGUUACAUUUGAGACAUGGUUGGUGUUGUGUCAGAUUACAGUUUAGAAUGACUGUUUGGGAGGUACACUUUGACCCAGUUUCCUGUGGAACAUUUUAGUAAUUGGUAAAAUAAGUGACAGCUUCCCCAAAACAGUACAAUUCAACUCAAUUCAAUUCAACAAUCCCUUGGUGCGGCUCAACCCAGUCCCCAGGGGCCCCAUUCACAUAUUUUAAUGACGGGGGGGGGUCCAAAGGAUUUUUUUGGGGUUGACAUUUUGGCCAAAAGGGAUUUUUUUGGGUCUAUGAAAGACGCCGGGAUUUUUUUGUGUCGCGAAAACAACACAGGGAUUUUUUUGGGUAUUGUAUUUUUCAUCAGCUCAAAUCAACAAUAACAUAAGCGCAAUUUACUGCUUGUGUGGUAUUACGGGAACAGAAUAUGUCAAGCCAGUCAAUCUCCAGCGUGACAGUGUAAAGAACAUACAACUUUUGGUCAAGCCCUACAAACUGCUCCAUGAUCAUGUGUUUGCAAGAUCCAGUGUAACAGAGGAAGUCAGCAUCUCUGAUGUCAUCAGUCCAGUUUCUCUGACUAGGAGGGGGGAAGAAUUUCAGCUUUCACUAGCAGAUGCUACUUACCUAGAAGCAUAUUUCCCAUUGGACAAUAAAUUAUUAUGGUGACACUUCGGAAUACAUGGCUAAUGAUGGUCGAAGAGUCCAACUUUCCCGGACUCGAACAGGGCGACUUAGGCGAGCGGUUGUGUACACCGCACAUUAGUCACAAUUAAUAGAUCCGGUUUUUAUUUUCCAAUGCUGUUUGUAAGGAUACAGUUUGGCUUGAAUCUCUAAUGAACAGUGUAUUAAUUUUCAAGUCUUAUAUUUGAUACAGUUGAGUUGCCCUGAGUUGCUAUAUUUCACCACACUCCUAUGUAACAUGCCUGGUGAAACACGAUUUGGUGUGUAUGGAUGUGUUCUAUACCUGGUGGGAAUUGUCUGUCCACCUUUUGAGAUAUCAGUUGCACAAAAACAUGGUGAAAAGUCUGAUGCCACGUGGUCUGUUACAUAGGGAUGUUUCGGUACAAUAGCAAGCAAAGAAUGUGCUAAGGACAAGACAUGCUGUAGAUGUCAUAAUGAAUAUCUUCCUGUAAAGUUGUCACAGGAGAUAGGAUGAAGAGACACUAUAACAGUCAUGCGAGCUUUUUGUAUUUGCUUUAGUAUAGUUUUGUUUUUGACUAAAACCAAAGUUGAAGUUGGCAUGUUUUAGCUUUCCUGAAGAUAAAUAAUAAAAUUUACUGAUGCAAAAACACUGAGGGAUUUUUUUGGGUAUGCUUAAAAAAAGUAGGGAUUUUUUUGGGUAGACAAAUUCUGAAGUAGGUAUUUUUUUGGGUAUAAAAUAUGACCCUCUGUCGGACCCCCCCGUCAUUAAAAUAUGUGAGUGGGGCCCCUGGGACCCAGUCUCUAGUUGUACAGCCUCAAAAAUGGCCAAUUAUAAAAAGGAGCCACUUUGUCUAUUUCCAAAGGGCAGCCACCUAGUACAGAUUAAUUUGACUAUGAAAGAGGUGAUCAAAUGAAUUAAUGAAUUUGCUUUGCAAAAAAAUGCCUUUUUUUCAUUAGGCUAUGAUUCCUCUGAAACCUGCAGAAGAAGAACCUGAAGAUGAUACUCCAAAAGAUGCUACUGCCCUUCAAAUUGAACAUGAUACACUACAAGAGGUAAUCUUCUAUUCCAGUAUUUGUGAUCAACAUCCCUUGAUCUCCUGGGACCAGGCUCCAUAGUGGAGGAAAAAGGGGAAAAAAAUGAGUUGAAACAGCUUAGUGGUGGACUGGGGAGGUGGAAAGAUUCUUCCGCCUUUUCCCCUCCCCAGACUGCCAUUUGGCUAGGUUUGCUCGCAGAUCUUUUUUUACUCUUUUCCCCUAAUGCAGAGCGUAGUCCUGGCAGGCUAACUGCUGGCUGACCUUGGGUGACAGUAGGCUAACAAUGCCCAACUUUCUGAUGCAAAUUAAUCUAUAGGCCAGCUGUUGACUGAGAGACAACCAACAGUUGAAUAUUUGCUACUCCCAUCAAUGGCGUAGUAUUUUUAGUUGUCGUUUUGCAGUGAUGAAAGAAAAUACCCCAAGAGAAGAGAAUAUAGUUCAAAACCACUUAAACAUAGCAUUGUUAAACGUAUUUUAGUAUUUAAAUGGUAGAUAUAGGCAUACUUCUAUCCCCUGAAAAUUUUUCAUCUGUUUGGAUUUCCUAGCUGAAAGUCUAGUGGUCUGAAAAUUAUAGGGAUCAAAACUUACCUUUUCGAAAAUUUCAGCCGGAAAAAAGGCUCCCGAAAAUUCUAGGUGACCUUUUUGCAGGUAAAAAUCAGUUAAAAAUGGGCAAUUAUAACAUUUUUUGGAUGUUCGAAAAUCCCUAGGAAAGGCAGGCAAGCAAGAAAUUUUACAACAAAUGUUGCGAAAAUUCUAGAUCUCAAAUCGUCUUUCGAACAGAUAUUUUCCGAAAAUUGACGUUGGGUGCCCCUGAAAAUAUAAGAAUUUGCAUGGGAGAAAAAACAACAUUGUUUCUGUAGCCUACGAAUGUAAAAGGAUUCAAAUAAAAAUCAGCUAACCUUGCUUAAGUUGUGUGUUUCUUCUUUCCUGUGUGGUUUCUGAGCUGAUUUAUGGCCAUUUAAUCCUGUUAAUGGGUGUUAUUGGAACCGGUUCACUUUCUCCACAAUCUAUUAUAGAGAGAGCAAACCGGUUCCAAUAACACCCAUUAAAUGGCGAUAAAUCUGCUCGGAAACCACACAGGAAAGAGGAAACACACAACUUAAGCAAGGUUAGCUUAUUUUUAUUUAAAUCCUUCUACAUUCAUAGGCCAAAGAAACAAUAUUGUUUUUUCUCCGAUACAAAUCCUUAUAUUUUGAACAUUAUGCAACUGUGCCGAUGGGCAUAUUUCGAACUUGGGCCACCCACGGUUUAGCUGUUUCGAAUCAAAGAUGAACAAAGACAACUUUCUUGCCCAUCUCACCCCUAGAUAAGGAUUCUCAAGUUUGUAUAAGGCGAACACUAGCAAGGUCCCAGAGUGUCAGCUUAAUGCAGGGUACUCUGUACUUUGAAUUUAAAUCUUCAGUUUAGAAUGAUGUAAACCACAACAUGGGUGUUGAAACUAACUAACUGCAACCUCAAAGAUAGAUUCUAGCCACUGAUGAAUAUAAUUUUGGAAAAAAGGAAAUAAAGGUAGAGGGCUUUUAAUCAGUUGGAUACCGCCAAUGAAUUAUUGUGAACACUAAUAGUUCUAUUUUUUUGUCAUUCAUUUUUAACAGAAACUCCGAAGCAAAAAUCAGGAAAUAAAAGACUUGAUCGACCAGCUGAGAACCUUAAUGUGGGACAUAAACACCAUGAUGGCUGUAAAACCAAGCUAGCAUGCCUUUCAGCUAUAGUUGAAUCCCGGUUGAAUACAUCAAAAACUGUAGAGGAAGACACGUCAAAGACGCUCUCUCUCAAACCAUUAUAACUUGUAGCGAAAAUAAGAGCAAGUAGUUCCUCUUCUCUUGAAGGUUUUCGAAUGAUGUGACAAAAAGCUUGUUUUUUUUCUUUGUUGGCCUGACUCUGAGAGAAGCAAAGGUAAUCCGAACUGAGGAGCCGACAAAAAGGAUCUUAUAAUUUCUUUUCUUUAAAUGGAAGCCAUGCUAUGCUAGAAAUUUUCGGCCCUUGUCAUUUCAUUUCCAGAAUUGACCGACUCCUUCCUCGAUGUUAGCACGGUGGGGGUCGAGUCAACUAAACUUAGGGAAAGUUCGAGAGGAGUCAACCAAAUUCGGUGACGAGUCAACCAAAGUUCGGGACGACUCGACCAAAGAUCGGGACGAGUCAUCUAAAGUGUGGAACUAAUUGCCCAAAGUUGAGGAAGAGUCAUCCCAAGUCGGGACCUUUACUAGCAAACCGACGAAUGGUAUGGCAGAAGAAAUGCUCAAAGAAGGUGAAAGUUGAACGUCAUAGCCUGACUCUUUUCACGUAGAUAACGUUAAUGGGCAGUUCUGGAACAGGUUGAGAAAUAUAUCAUGAAAGAACAGUGUAGAAUACCAAGAUUUGCGCAUUACUUUUUCUAAGCUAUAUUGCUGUAUACAAUAAAACGUGGCUCAAUCUAAAGCCCCAGAAUUCAGUUUAAGGUAUCUUAUUAGUCAGAAGCUCA